AUGGUGUCGGCAAUAAUAGGCAUCGUGAUCGGAAAGCUAGCUAUCAUCGCAUUCUUAGACCAGAUCAGAGGUCGCCACAAAGGCAGGCCGUGGUUCCUCUGGUUCAUUGGAGCGUCUAACAUCGUCGUCAAUAUCACCGUGGUUAUCACCAUCUUUUUACAAUGCUCACCAGUCGAAAAGAUAUGGGAUGAGAGAGUCCCUGGCCAGUGCAACGUCAGGGCCUCCAAUUUGAAGUAUGCGUACUUCCAGGGCAGCUACUCUGCUGUUUCGGAUGCUGCUCUUGCCAUAUAUCCUAUUUACCUGAUUUGGGGUCUACAAGUCACCAUGCGUAUGAAGAUCGGCCUUUGUUUUCUACUGGGAUUUGGUCUGGUCGCGGCCGCUUGUUCCGCCCUGAAAACAGCAGAGCUCACGAAUCUCCAACGAGCCGACGAGGAGGGCGAUAUAACAUAUUUCAUAGCUCGGCUAUCCACAACUACCAUUAUUGAAGCGUGGAUAGUGCUCAUUGGAGGAUGCAUUCCACCAUGUCGGCCACUGUUGAAGACAUUGCAGGCCAAGAUCCGCGGGAUCACGUCAUCCACGACCCGCACUGGCACUUACGCGGGAACCCACACAUACCAGAGAUACGACAAAUACGGAGCACCAUAUUCAGCCGGAAGAGCUUUGAGUACGUCAGGGGAGACUGGGAGAGCAAGCAUAAUGGGGCGUAGCUUUACGGGAAACCAUGCCCGUGCAUACUACGACCCGAAGGGCGACGUGACAAAGCCAUGGGAAGAAUUCGAGCUGCGUGAGAGCACCGACAAGGACACACGAGACAGCGACGAGUCAACGUCGCCUCUGAAAGGACCUGAGAAGGCGAUUGUGAUGACACGGAUAACGAAGGUGGAUUUUUCUUGA